AUGAACGCGCUCCUCCCGUUCGUGCCUUCGCCUAUCGCGGAUGCAUCGCCCGCAGUGAAGCUAAGCGGAGCCCGCGUUUCGAAUUCCUUCCCUGCUUUCACACAACAUGUAAGCUGCUUAAAGCGUGCCGAGUUGAAGUGGGUGACGAACGCCGCAGCGACAGCGACAACAAAGGAGUGCCGCGCGUCCGCCGCGUUUGAUGCUCGUGGUGUUGUCCUGUACAUGUUGCAGCGCGCGCAUUCAGCAAAGUUUCAACUUUCGCGCAGCGCACUGAAGACUAUCCACCGAGACGUGAGCCUUCGGCGCGCUUCGGAUAACAGGAGCUGA